UUGUGACAUUUAUCAAGCUGUCAUGUCAUGUCUCAAAUCUGUCAGUGUCAAGUGCUCAAGCAUACUUAUUUUGAGUGCUGAAUUUGGAAAUUUACAACAAUAUUACGAGGUGACUAUUAUUAUAUUUUAGUAAAUACAAUGUUUUCAUGAUUACAGUUGCACAGUGCAAGAGGUUAGUGGUAUUCAAAGCUUGGAAGUGGAUACACUAGAAGAUCUACGUCUAGCUAAUACUCUACUUAAUGCUAACUUAGGUUUUUAAGGCUAAGAUUAGAUCGUGCUUUAUAGGAAAAGUAAUCAAGUAUUAUGUCAAGUAUCACAGAAAUAGUAACAUUUGAAGAUUUAGAAGCAACGGAUGUAAUAAGUGUGGAACUAAUACCAGAGAGAAAAGGGCUGAUUUUGAAGCAUUGUGAAUACUAUGUGAGCUCAAGACGACACGGUACAACAGUCUCGCGACGAUAUAAUGAUUUUGUGCAGCUUUAUGAUGUUUUGUAUGCAAAAUAUCCAUACAGAGCCAUAUGCCGAUUACCACCAAAGCGCGUAGUGGUCGGUGGAGGCAGCUCCCGGUUCCUGCUUCGCCGGCGCGCAGCCCUACAGCGAUGGCUGACGUUAGUCGCUCGACACCCAGUACUGGCCCAUGAUGCCGACCUCAGAGUAUUCCUAUGCGAGAGCAAUGUCAGACUCGAGAAGCCCAAACAUGAUGAAUUUGUUCUUGCUGGUACACAGGAGGACACCCCGAGUGAUGUAACAAUAGAAGAGAUGCAAGCCGCGUUCAUAAGCGAGCAGGAACAGCUGCGACUGGCGCACCUUGGCCUCGACAGACUCACACAGAUCUUCGAGAAAGUGGAAAGCCGCAGUGGUGCUGAACGCGCGGACAUUCGUGAGCUAGGAGCCGCUCUGAGUGCACUGGCGACUCCCGCCACGCCCGAUGUUCCCCAAUGGGUCAGCGUCACCCACUCUCUAGCCGCUGCCGCACAGCUGGCGUGCGCUGUGGGUCCAGCUGAGGAGGAGGACGAGGAGUGUUCGGGCGGGCUGGUGGGGCUGGCGGGGCUGGCCGCGGCGGGCUACCGCGCGCUGUGCGGGCGGCUGUCGCGCGGGCUGCACGCCGAGCGCGCCGCCGCCGCCGCCGCCGCGCCGCACGCCCCGCAGGCGCGCCCGCUGCGGGACCGACACCGGUACGCGCUCAGGGCCGCGCUGCAGGAGGGUGCAGUCGCCCGGGCAUACGUAGUGCGUGCGCUACAGGCGUUGCCCGCACUGGCCGCUGCUCAGGCCACUGCGCACGCGCAACACGCCGAGCUCUGGCAGGACCUGCAUCGCGCGCUCACACUCACACACGCGUAGUACAGCAUAACACCUACAGACGACAAACUAUGACCAUAAUAGUAGAUACUGACCAUGUUAAUGUAAAAAUAAGUGAAAGAAGUUAGCUCAAUUAUUAUUUUCUAUAUUUCUCCACACUUUUUUGACGUAGGUAACUGUGAACAAUAAUAUUUUCGACGCAUAAUGUCGAAGACGUAUGAAAUAUCCGUUAUUAGUUAUAACUACAUAUAUACUUAUUUUGACUGUAAUGAGGUAAAAUGUUGCUAAAACUUUACCACUGGCAGCACACUAGAGUAUAUAAAAAGAAGAUAUAAAUUGUAUAAUCUAAAUUUACGAUAAAAUAUAUUAAUUAAUGUAUUAUUUACCGAGUAAUGUUAGCCAUUGACUAUAUUAUAUUAAGUUACGCAUAAAAUUUAUUAUAUUUUUUAUAGAUAUUAAGAUGUAAUCUCAAAAUAAAUAAAACAUUCCACUAGUUUUACGCAAGGCGGAAAUGUGCUCAAAUAUUAUUUUAUUUAUAGGUACAAUAAAUUAGGCUUAGAUUAAGGUGAGUUUUUAAACAAAAUUUCGUGAUGAUGGAUUUUAUACCUAUGUUGAAGUGGAUAAUAAUAUAGAUUUAUUAAAAAUAGCUCGAAUAUUGGUUAGGUCGAUUGUUAAGACUUUAACAUUCUAUUUUGUUACUAAAUUCUGUACUUGUUAUCUAAGAAAUAUACAAUAUUUUAUUCUACA